CCUCUCAAAAAACCUACAAGACACGGCAGCAUCCUGAGCAGAGAGUCUCCAGCUGACAAGAAGCAGAAGGUUGAGCGUUGCAGCAGCACCCACGACUUCGACCCUACAGAUAGCUCCUCCAAGAAGACAAAGUCUAGUUCUGAGGAGAGUAGAUCCGAGACGUAUGGUCUUGUUCAGCGCUGCGUGGUUAUCCAGCGGGAUGAGAACGGCUUCGGGCUGACAGUCAGCGGAGACAACCCAGUCUUCGUGCAGUCUGUCAAGGAAGAUGGAGCAGCCAUGCGGGCUGGAGUGCAGACAGGUGACAGGAUUAUCAAGGUGAAUGGCACUCUGGUAACUCACUCAAACCAUUUGGAGGUGGUAAAGCUGAUCAAGUCGGGUUCCUAUGUAGCUCUCACCGUGCAGGGGCGCCCACCAGGGUCGCCCCAGAUCCCCUUGGCUGACUCUGAAGUGGAUCUAGCAGGAUUUGGGCAUAUGUCUCCCAUCAUGACAUCUCCCCAUUCGCCUGGCACGUCAGGAAAUGCAGAAAGGAUCACUAGCCCAGUGCUUAUGGGGGAGGAGAAUAACAUUGUCCACAACCAGAAGGUGGAGAUUCUGAGGAAGAUGUUACAGAAGGAGCAGGAGAGGCUGCAGUCCCUGCAAGAGGAGUACAGCAGAUCUCCCACCACCAAACUGCACAAAGAGAUCCAGGAAGCCAAGAAGCACAUUCCUCAGCUGCAGGAGCAGUUGUCCAAAGCCACAGGCUCUACUCAGGAUGGAGUCUUGUCCUCCAGGUCUGUGUCAGAAUCACUGCAGAUCAGUGAAGGAGAGGCAGAGACUGGGGACUGUGUGAGCAAACUGGAUUUCAGUGGUGACAGCCCCUCCAGACCCAACAGUGACAUUGCUGAUAGUCCUCGCAGUGGCCUGAAGGAGAGAAUUUACCCAGAUGAGAGCCCAGAAAAGGCUGAGCUUCAAGACAAUGAUUCCCAGUCCAGUGUUGGAAGUCCUUUAUCCCGAGUGGGGACUCAGAUCAUUGGAGCAGAGGAUGAUGACUUUGACACAGAACAGGAGCAGAUUAAUGGCCAAGGCAGCUGCUUCCAGAGCAUUGAGCUCCUAAAAUCUCGCCCAGCUCACCUGGCUGUUCUCCUGCAUCAUGUGGUGUCUCAGUUUGAUCCUGCAGCACUGCUGUGCUACCUUUACACAGACCUAUACAAGCAGACCAACUCCAAAGAGACCAGACGUGUUUUCCUUGAGUUCUACCAGUUCUUCUUGGACAGAGCUGCAAACCUCAAAGUUCCAGUUCCAGACGAAAUCUCCUUGGAACUAGACAGGAGAAGACCAGAGCUCCUUCCUGAAGAGCUUCACCGCCAGUUCAUACAAACUAUGCAAGAUAAAGUUUGUCCAGAAGUUCAGAGGAAUCUGGAAGAUUUCAGGCAGAAACGUAGCAUGGGGCUGACCCUGGCAGAGGGAGAGCUAACCAAGCUGGAUGCAGAACGGCUCCGAGACCGCAACGCGGUGGAGAAGGAGAGAACAUGUGCAGAGCAGAUUAUUGCUAAGAUUGAGGAAGUCUUGAUGACAUCUCAGCCUUUGGAAGAAGACAAGAGCUCCACAAUGCAGUAUGUGAUCCUGACCUACAUGAAACACUUGGGAGUGAAGGUGAAGGAGCCUCGGAACCUGGAGCAGAAACGUGGCCGCAUUGGCUUCCUGCCGAAGAUCAAGCAAAGUAUCAAGAAAGAGAAGGAAGGAGAGGAAAAAGGAAAGAGAAGAGGUUUUCCCAACAUUCUGGGCCCACCAAGGAGACCAAGUCGACACGAUAGCAGUGCAAUUGGCAGAGCCAUGGAGAUGCAGAAGCCACGACACCCAAAGCACAUAGCUACAGCAUCUUCUGUGAUCCCAGAGCCCCCAGAGUCCAGCAAGAUGCGCCAGAGUGGCUCCUCCAGUGAUGGCACAGAUGCUCCAUACUCACCUGCCAACCCAAUGUCUCCACUGGCAAUGGGACCCUUUUCCUCUCCAGAGGGAAACAAGGACAGUGAAGCAGGUUUGAAGCAGACUGGAGAAGUUCCACCUGUCAGUGACUCUCUGGAUGGCACACCUCGCACUCCCAACAACACCUUCGAGUUCCCAUCUCCUUUGGAAAACUUGCAGGAGGAGGAGGGAGAAUCAGAGAGGAUGGUUGACAUGGGAACACCAAAGCCCUUUCGCAAGAUGGACAGUGUUGGCUUUGCAGAUGUCCAGAGUGAGGAUGAGCUCUAUGAUUGUGACAUGGACAUGGACCCUCCCAACUGGCAGCAGCUUGUGAGCCGUGAGGUGCUGAUGGGGCUCAAACCCUAUGAGAUCAAGCGCCAGGAAGUGAUUAAUGAGCUGUUCUACACCGAGCGAGCUCACGUGCGCACGCUCAAGGUGCUGCACAAUGUCUUCUACCAGAGAGUCACCCGGGAAGGCAUCCUCAGCUCCAGUGACAAGAGGAAAAUCUUCUCCAAUCUGGAGGAUAUCCUUGGCCUUCAUGUUGCACUGAAUGACCAAAUGAAAUCUGUCCGGAAAAGGAACGAGACCUCUGUUAUUGGCCAGAUUGGGGAGGAUUUGCUUUCCUGGUUUAGUGGACCAGCAGAGGAGAAGCUGAAGCAUGCAACUGCCACCUUCUGCAGUAACCAGCCCUUUGCUCUGGAGGUGAUCAAGUCCCGCCAGAAGAAGGACUCACGUUUCCAGACCUUUGUGCAGGAUGCUGAGAGCAAUCCACUGUGUCGCCGCUUGCAGUUGAAGGAUAUCAUCCCCACAGAGAUGCAGAGGCUGACUAAGUAUCCCCUUCUGCUGGAUAACAUUGCCAAGUACACAGAGCUGCCUGAAGAGAAAGAGAAAGUGAAGAAAGCAGCAGAUCACUGUCGCCAGAUCCUCAACCACGUCAACCAAGCUGUCAAAGAGUCAGAGAACAAGCAGCAUUUGGAAGAUUAUCAACGUCGGCUCGACCUGUCCUACCUGAAGCAGUCUGAGGAUCCCAUGAUGGAUGAGUUCAGGAACCUGGAUCUAACAAAGAGAAAAAUGCUCCAUGAAGGACCUCUGACUUGGAAGGUGAAUCGUGACAAAACCAUAGAUCUCUACACUCUGCUGCUGGAGGACAUCCUGGUGCUGUUGCAGAAACAAGAUGACAAACUGGUCCUGAAGUGUCACAGCAAGAUCUUGGCCUCAACAGCUGACAGCAAACACACCUUCAGUCCCAUCAUCAAACUCAACACUGUCCUGGUUCGUCAGGUGGCAACAGAUAACAAAGCUUUCUUCGUCAUCUCCAUGUCAGAGAACGGAGCUCAUAUUUAUGAGCUGGUGGCACAGACUGUCUCAGAGAAGAAUGUUUGGCAGGACCUGAUAGCUCAGAUGGCAGGGACUGUGAAAAUGGGCAGCACCAGAAGAGUCAUUCCACUGCCACAGUCAGGCCCUGGAGAAGAGGAACGUGAAGAAGAGGAGCAGCAGAAGCUCAAAGAGCAGAAUGACAUUCCUGCCAGUAGUCUGCAAAGUCCAGAUAAAGACUUGGGCCUGGAGUCUCCUUUAAUACUGAACACUCAGUCUUCUUCACCCAUCAUGGCUGAAAAGUCCAAGGUAGAAAGUCUCCUGGGGUCUGAAGGACAGUUUGAUAAGGUGCAGCAGGCAGAUCUGGCCCUGAAAGACUCCUCUGCAUGCUAUGAACACACAGCCACCACUUCCCCCUCAGUGCCAGAAGGGCAGUGGGCACUGGAUGCAUUAAGGAACU